GCCAUCGCGUCUUGCGUUUUUUUUUUUUUCUCAUCCUCCGGCGUCUGUCGUUUUAUGCAUUUAUACUGCUGCGAGGCUGAUUUAACUCGUUUUUGAAUUUGGUUGCAACCUCAGAGCAUAUUCUAGAUUUGUUUGCAACCUGGUUUCGUUUCGUUUCCUUGCGUCCGAGCCGACUGUUCGACAAAACCCCCCUGACCCGAAUGCGAUCGAUUGGUAGUGACUCGAAUUUAGAGGCCGAUAGAGCGGGUCCAAGCUCAAGGUCGUUGGGCAAUCCGUCGCCUUCUCUGCUUACACUUUUCUAAGUUUUGAAGGUUUACCAACAGAACAUUGAAUUGUCUGGUCACUAUAAACACACCGUAACACUAUUAGACCCUACAUCUUCACGAUGCGGCCGCCGAGGGUGGUCAUACUCGUCUUCUUCUUCUCAGCCGCCCUCUUCCUAUUCUGCCGUUCCAUCACGUCAUUCGCACAACGAAAGCGAGAACCCGAAGGGUCGAUAGCCUCGCCAAUACCAGGACAACCGCCAUCCAAUUCCAAACUCCGAUCGUUCUUUUCCCUUUCGACGCCAUUCUCACUUUUCCCUCCGAACGCCAUAAUCUCUCUGACCGACGACAACAGUACGUCAUUUCAGGCUCGACCGGCCGCUUUUGGGCCACAGCUUCCAAACAAGGGCCUGAGCGGUCAGCUUUGGAUUGGGAGCGGCUUUGCAGACGACAAUUUGCCCGAAGGCGAAGGUGAAGGCGAGCUCGGCUGUAGCGAUGUGCCAGGUUGGGAGGAUGGCGCUGCGGGGCUAGCUGCACUAGCUGGCCUAAAACCUAUAAAGAAGGGUGGCUUCACAAAGUCCGCCAAACUCGGGGCUGGAGGUAUCAAGUCGCCCAAGAACUCUAAGAGAGAUGUUGGCAACCUCGGUGGCCCCGUCGUAGAACGCAAGGCCAAGUCGAACAGUCGCGAUGAUGCAAAGAAGAGCAGGCCUUUUGACGACGGAACGGACGAUUAUCUUCACCAGGGAUUCCAGCGAUCCUCGCCGUUGCGUGGAGAUAAGUCUCAGUCGCAUUCAGACAUACAGUCCAUGCAGGAGACGGCAGAGAUCACGGGCAAGGUGGUACUACUUAGCCGAGGAGGCUGCGGUUUCCUUGAGAAGGUCAAGUGGGCGCAGCGCAGGGGUGCUGUUGGUGUCAUCGUGGGUGACAACACCAAAGGCGGCCCGUUGAUUCAGAUGUUCGCCAGAGGCGAUACGUCCAAUGUGACGAUUCCCGCCAUCUUCACGUCGCGCACGACGGCCCACAUUUUAUCUUCGCUGAUGCAGCCCGGCAGCUUCAUCGAGGACAUCAUCGAUGAGAACGGCAAGGCCGUUGUCAAAGUUCAGCAGACCGAAAAGGGUCGCAAAACACGUCACCAAGCCAACAAGGCCGAGGUAGUCAAGAAAGAGCUGCCUAAGAAGGACGUAACAAAGGAAACAACCACAACUGCUUCAACGUCUCCAGCCAAAUCGCGAGGCUGGUUGAGCAGCUUCUUCCGCUGGAGCGCUGAUGUGGAAACGGUGCAAAAGACUAAUUCCCAUGACUGGGUUCUGGUGGAUGAUUGGAGUGAUGAGAAGGACUCUCAAAUCAAGGCCAGCAUGGAGAAGGCGGCGAGCAAGGGCCAGGAUAGUCUGGGGGGAGACUUGGACAAUUCGAAUUCGGAUGCGCAGGGCCAGUCUGUUGGCAGCAAAUCGGGUGCCGGUAAAAACAAGGAUAAAUCAUCCAAGGAGGCAACGUUUACCUCCGGUGUUACUCCCAGCAGUGGACAGUAUGCCCCGGAGGCCGCAAAGGCUGGCAAAGUUAGAGGUAAAAUGUCCAACAAGGGGGAUCCGUUACGUGCAGCGUCGCAUGGAUCUUUCGUGGGUAGCAUGUUUGGUGGGAAGGCAGCAAACUCCAAGACCGAGCAAAAUAUGGCCCACGAAACCCCUGAUGGCACUGAUAUACCUGAACACCGUGAAGGACUCUGGGUUACUAUUACGCCCACAGCCAGCGGGAGCCCCUUCUUCGACACGCUGCUCGUUCUGGUGGUUAGCCCAUUGAUCACACUGAGUGUAGUAUACGCUCUGCUCAUUCUUCGUGCUAAGCUCAGGAGAAGACGUUGGCGAGCGCCCAAGUCUGUCGUGGAGCGUCUGCCCGUUCGGACAUAUCACACAGUUGCCUCGUCUUCGAACCCCUCGAGGCUGCCAUCUCCUACCAGCUCGUCCCCAACCACGCCGUUAUUACAGCAGCAACAGUUGCAGCCAUCGCCUCCAUCUUUACAAGCGGCUUCAUCUUCUCGGUCACGACCUCGAUCACGCACUACUAACGAUGUGCCUGAUACGAGCGAUGGAAUGUUGAGAGUCGACCCAGAUCUGCAAACACCACUGACCCCAUCUCGGACUGGCAGGCGGAAAUCCCCACCACAAUUGUCAAGCGAGUGGAAGAAGUACAUGAGCAGACAGGUUGAAUGUGUGGUGUGCUUGGAGGAGUAUGUCGACGGUGUCAGCAGGGUCAUGAGCCUCCCUUGCGGCCAUGAAUUCCAUGUGGAGUGCAUCACGCCGUGGUUAACCACCCGCCGAAGAACGUGUCCCAUCUGCAAGGGCGAUGUUGUCAGGUCCCUAGCCCGUGGUUCGCCAACCAGUCCCCGUUAUGACCCGUACGACGAAGAAAGCGAUGACGAAGGCGAGGUUCCAGAAUCCACGAGUGACGACAGCAGACCAGCGUCGCCUUCAAACGAACACGAUGUAGAGCGGGGGAUUCUAUCUUCGCCAAGUCGCAGUUCUGGACGUCUCUCAGGUCUUAGUGGUCGGGGCGGCUUGUUUGGCAUGCUAUCUAACACCUGGACCACACUUACUUCUGCAUCACGAACUGAUUCCGAGAGGAACAAUCGGGAAGACCGCCGUAUUCGAUGAUGGGUAAUUCAAGGAGGCAACUCCUUUUUUCCCCCUCUGUUCCUACAUUUUCGACGUAAUUAUCUUGUUUCUUUUUCACGCUCUCCUACUAUUGGACGCUUCCAACUAAAACACCGUUCGGUAUCAUCAAUUUUCGUUUUCUGUCAUUUUUGCAUUGGGGUGCAUUGAGCUUUGCGAUUAAUAUGGAAAGGUGGGCGCCAUUGGGGGGACAAAAAGGGACUUCUCUACACUCGCUACAUUUACUGAUUUGAUACGUUUGGUGUUAUUUGGGAGUCCGGCAAUCCGCAUGUCUUUUGUUUUUGUUUUUGUUUGUAUUUUGCUUUUGGGGCAGUGAUUAGGCUUGUUGAAGACCAGUCACCGAGAGAACGAGAGGUGGAGAUGAGAAGCAAAGAAGGUGUAAGAACUAUUAUACCCACUGUGUAAGCAGAUGGCCCAGGCCACGUCUUGGUAUAUAAGAAACUGCUUGGUAUGAAGAAUAAAUCAAUAUUUACAUACUUUGAACAA